AUGUCUGCCCCUGGAGCUGGUCACGAAUUCCCUGCCAAAGAGGUUUCUUGGCAGAAGCGCGAUGUCUUGCUGUUCGCUAACAGCAUUGGCGUCAAGGCCGACGAGCUGCAUUUCCUCUACGAGCUGCACCCGAACUUCUCUGUUUUCCCGACCUACCCGUUGAUUCUCCCCUUUAAGCUCACCGAUCAGGAGGUGACCGAUUUCUAUGCGCGCCAGCAGGCUACCAAGAUCCCUGGCGUUCCCGACUUGGAUCAUCGCCACGGUGUCGAUGGACAGCGCAAGAUCACAGUUUUGAAGCCACUGCCACCUACGAGCGCCGGAAGGAAGUUCGAGCUGCGCAAUAAGGUCAUCGGCGUCUAUGACAAGGGCAAGCCUGGUACUGUCGUUGAGACCGAGCAAUCUAUCGUUGAUGCCCAGAGCGGCGAGGUGUACUCCAAGGUUCAGAGCAGUGGCUUUUUGGUUGGCCAGGGUGGCUGGGGCGGUCCUAAAGGUAAUAUUCCCAAUUUCAGUAGACAUGAGAAGAUGGGCAAGAAGCCCGAUGCCGUUCACGUCGUACAGACCGACAUGGAAACUGCGCACUUGUACCGAUUGAAUGGCGACUACAAUCCUCUGCACGCCACCCCCGAACCCGGCCAAAAGAUGGGCUUCGGUGGUACUAUCAUCCACGGCCUCUUCAGCUGGAACUCCACUGCCCACGGUAUCCUGCGUGAGCUUGGUGGUAGCAAUCCCGAAAAUCUUAAGGAGUUCCAAGCUCGCUUUGCAUCCCCCGUUCGCCCAGGUGACAAGCUCACCACUGAGAUCUGGCGCACGGGUGAUGUUCAGGCUGGUGGCUUCGAGGAGCUUCGCUUCGUCACCAAGAACCAGACCGGCAAGGUUGUCCUGAGCAACGGUCGGGCGCUGGUGAAGGUGACCGGUGUGAAGAGCAAGCUGUAA